CCAAACAAUUCUAACUUUAGGAAAAAAGCACUUUUUUUAACAGGCUAUUAGACGCUUCUCCUACCUUUCCAGCACUUGAGUUGGUCGAUCAUGGAGUUCCAUCUUAAUACUUGUUUGCUCUAUAUCUUAAGGAGGGUAGUUGUAACUUGUCCAUCUUUCAACUUAAGAAGAACUAGUGGCGACUUCAUAGUAGUUACUAUUACCGAUGGCGUUGAACGAGGUACUUGCCGACGGUGGCGGGCUAGAACACAAGUUUGUCUGACAACUCCUUUGUUUUGAAUAUUUCUGAGAAGCAAACACACAAACAAAAAUAAUACUAUAUAGUAAAUAAAUUGUAAAACAUUUUUGGCUUCACGUGGCAAGUGUAGUCGAUGCGGCUUAAUGUUACCGGGUUUGCCAGAACCAACUACUUUUGAUGUAGAACAUAAAUUUAAAUGUAAAAGCUCAUUAAAAUUGCAACAAAUAGUAGAGAUAAAUCCAAAACUUUACUAAUAUAAUGGGUUCAAUCCUAAGAAUCUUAAAGGUUGAACGCCUAGAGCUUAAAUCUUAAAUCUGCCUCUGGUGGCAGAUGAAGAAUUUUGUAGUUGAGAGAUGUUCUUUCCUAUUGUAGCUAGCUUUGAGCUUAGGGUCUUUAUGCUGCUUUUUUUUUUGUUUUGUUUAAUAGCUACUUAGCUUUUUGUAAUUUUGCUCAGAGGAUGGAAUCAAAAAUAAAUAUAACACUAAAGGGUUUACAUGUAGUUAGCAUCAAAGCAGGCUAUCUAUUUGGAGUCUUGUAUUCUUGGGAUAUAUAUCUUAUACUCUUGGAAUGCCAUAGAAAGAAUAUUUUUCGUCUCUUACCCAAAAGAAGGACACAACAUAUUCCGUAUACAGUUAUACUCUUGAAACGUCAAAUGGGGGAGGUUUUGUAGUUUUUGCCCAAAAGUGAAUGAGAUAAAUUCCUUGGACUCCUCGGUUAUUAAAUUAGAGACAACUUCUCCUUUUUCACCAUGUACUUGGAUAAAUGAUUAUGGAUUACUAUGAUGAAUUAAUUAGGUUGUCAAUGUUAAUUAGGCUAGAUUUGAUCAUUGAUCAAAGUCACUUAAUUACUUAAAUAUAUCCAAGAUUCUCAAUUAAUGCUUGGGUUACUGAAUGUUUUUACGUUCCAAUUAAAUAUGUACAAUUGAAUAUAUUGAUUCUCUUGAGCAAGGGUCUUUCGGAAACAGCCUCUCUAUCCCUUCGGGGUAGGGGUAAGGUCUGCGUACACACUACCCUCCCCAGACCCCACUAGUGGGAUUUUACUGAGUUGUUGUUGUUGUAUUUAAUUAAUCAAUGAAGUAGUGGCUUAUGUGUAUGGUGACUCUGGAUGGAUAAAUGAAGAGAAUCUUUGAAUAAAGACCUCUUAGUUCUAUCUGCUUCACUAUAAAAGGCACAUUUUGCUCGGUAUUUUAAGACUCUAAUUAACGUUACAGAAUCAACAUGACUCAAGGUAUACUACUCUCACUUUUUUCUUUUAUUUUUUUCCUCUUCUUUUUGGAUUAUAAGUUUUAAGCGCAAGACUAAUUCAACUUCUUCUAACAGACAGUGAAAGAGUUGAUGUUGAAAAGGAUAGAGAAGAUAGAAUCAGCGCUCUGCCAAAAAACGUUAUAGAUGGUAUUCUUGAACUCCUGCCAGUAGAAGAUGCGGCGAGGACUAGUAUUCUAUCAAAAAAUUGGAGAUAUAUCUGGGUCAUGCUUCCAAAUUUGGUGCUGAAUAAGCUCUUUUGCAACAAACUAGCAGCAAGAUCUCAAUAUGUCUUCAAAGACAAUGUAGAUAAGAUUCUGUUACAGCAUUCUGGAGACAUAGUGAAGUUUGUCCUUGAUCUUUCAGAAAUAGUUUUAUCUCCCUAUCCAGAUAUUGAUAGAUGGAUGAUUUAUAUUACUAGAAACGGUGUCAAGGAGCUAACCCUUAACAUGUCAAAUAAUACUACUUAUAAUCUGCCUUCUUAUAUAUUUAAUUGUCCAACACUGACACAUUUGGAACUCUUAAGUUGUGUCUUCAAACCACCAACGCCUUUUCUUGGCUUUCCGAAUCUUGUAAUACUUCGUCUAGAAAAAAUAACCUUUGUGCCAACUACAGAGUUUGGUGUUAUCAACGCACCACUUCUUGUCAGGUUGACCUUGAUAUACUGUAACGGUACUAAAUACUUGAACAUUGUUUCAUCGCGAUUGAAUUCCUUGGUUGUUCGUAAGAGUUACUAUGAUAUUGAACUAAGUUGCUUUAUGAACUGCAAAAAUUUGAUAAUUUUAUACCUUGUGACUAGUAAUCCAAUAUUCGGUGACAGAUCAAAAUUGCAAAAGCUUCUUCUUAGCUUGCCUAUACUUGAGGUGCUUAUUUUGAGUUCAUCUUUCCUUGAGCUUUUGAGUGCAGGUACAGUUCCACAAGGGCUUCCUUUUACACUCAACUGCUUGUGGCAUCUAAAGCUAGGUAUAAACUUCGGCCAGAUGGGUCAGAUUUCUUACGCUCUCGAGUUAAUUAAGAGCUCCCACAAAUUGAGUGAACUUGAGAUUUGGGUCAAUGCUACCAGUGACAUUGUUGAAGCAAUUUCGGAAUAUCUAGACACACCAGGUUGCUUGGACCAACCACUCAACAAGCUCAAAUAUGUGGUCAUACGUUUUUUUAAGGGUUCAAAAACUGAACUGUUAUUCGUAAAGCUAUUGUUUGCUCGUUGUCCGUCUUUGAUAAGUAUGAGCAUUAAGCAGGUAAAAGCCUCUGGUUCCAAGGGAGAAAGGAAUAUUGUAAUAGAAUUGGCGCGUUACCCCAGAGCAUCUCCCAAGGCAGAGCUAUUGUAUGUUCCACGCUCGGAUUAGGAUUUUAUGGCAAUUUGAGGCAACCUGUUGUUAUCAAUUAGCAAAGUCUGUAAACUUUUGGGGUUCCUCUAAAUGAUCAAUAUGUUCUUCGAUAUAUGUUUUGCUAAUGUCUUUCA